GGGGGAGCGAUGUGGGCGGCGGGGACGCGGCGGCCGGGCCUGGUGCUGGCGGCCCUGGCAGCGCUGGGCCUGGCCCUGGAGGUGCUGGCGGCCCGGAGGCGGCGGCCGGUCCGCGAGGUGCUCUUCUUCCCCUCGAGGCCCAGCUGCACCGAGGCGCUGCUGGCUGAGGCGGCGAGCCCCGAAGGAACGCGGGGCCCCUGCCCCUGCCCGCUGCCUCAUGGGGACUGCGCCCUCAGCCGCCUGCUGCGGCACCUCCUGUCCGCCCGCCGCUCCCUCGAGCUCUGCCUCUUCGCCUUCUCCAGCCCGCAGCUGGGCCGUGCCGUCCGCCUCCUGCACCGCCGCGGCGUCCGGGUCCGCGUGGUGACGGACGCGCAGUACAUGGCGCUGAAGGGCUCGCAGAUCGGCCUCCUCCGGCACGCCGGGAUCCAGGUCCGCCACGACCAGGAGACCGGCUUCAUGCACCACAAGUUCGCCAUCGUGGACAGGAAGAUGCUCAUCACGGGCUCCCUCAACUGGACCACGGAGGCGAUCCAGAACAACCGGGAGAACAUCCUGAUCAUGGAGGACGCGGAGUAUGUGCAGCCUUUUCUGGAGGAGUUCGAAAGGAUUUGGGAAAUAUACGAUCCCCUCAAGUACACGUUUUUUUCCAAAGAAAAUAAAUGAUUAAGCUGCUUCCCUGAGCUGGAGGAGUAUUGAGCAGAUGGCAUUCAGGGGUUUAUUGUGUAUAGACAUCAUUGUAUUCCCCGUCUGGUUGUAAUUUAGUUAAGCUCCUCCAGCACUGAAGUGCUCUCUCUGCCCUGAAGUGCCACAGGUCCCUUGUGUGCUACGUUAGCAGGAGUGACCCAGCUGAUCGGUGAGUUGUUCUGCGAGGAGAGCCGCAACGGGGCUCAGUUCACAGAGCUUGAAGCUUCCAACAGGCUCAGGGCUGUGCCCUGGGGCA